AUGCAGAACAGCGAUGCGACGCGCCCGUCGGGCCAUCGCCGUGCGACCAAGAACUACUUCCAGCUCGAGUCCGACACGAAGCGCCAGAGCAUGAUGCAAGACGCCAACGACCGGUUUGGCAACCGCCUCUCGAUGAUGAACGUCUUGCCGCAGCAGGACCAGGCCGAGUUCCAGGACGAGCGCUCGAUCGACUACUGCUGUGAAGUGCUGCAGAACAAAUUCGGCCUCCAGGACGGGUCGGUCGACAACCAGCGCGAGCACGUGCUCUUGCUGCUGGCCAACUGCGCUGCGCGCGCCGGAACGGGCACGGCCGACACGCAGUAUCACGUGCAGCUGCUGCACACCAAGCUCUUUGGCAACUACAAGGAGUGGUGUGGCUUUGUCGGCGUCAAGCCUGUCGCGUACGCCGAGCGCCUCUCGGGCACGCCGCUCACGUCGCCGCUGCACAUGGAUCUCAUGCUCUACUUUCUCAUUUGGGGCGAGUCGGCCAACUUGCGCCACAUGCCCGAGUGUCUUUGCUACUUGUACCACCAGAUGCUCUCGUCGCUCCUCCAGGACGACCAGCACCAAGAGCGCCGUCCCCAACAGUGGUUCCUCCAGGCCGUUGUCCGUCCGAUCUGGAAGGAGUGCUCGGUCAUGCAGAAGAAGAACUCGCUCGGGCUCCACUACGAGCACACCAAGGUCCGCAACUACGACGACAUCAACGAGUUUUUCUGGAAGAAGGGCUGCCUCAAAAUUGCGAUCGACCAAGUUGCGCAGACGAUCCACAAGACGCACGGCAAGACCUUUUUCGAGCACCGGUCCAUCUUUACGCUCAUCCUCAACUACUACCGCAUCUUCCACUUCAACAUCAUGUUCCUCAUCGGGCUCGCGGUCAUCAACUACGUGGUCACGAUCUCGCCGAACGGUGGCAAGUCGGGUUUCGACCAGUUUAGCACCAUGGGCAAGGUCGUCUCGCCGUACUCGACGCGCGAAGUCAAGAAGGCGGGCGUCGUCUUCAUUGGAUCGCACGCGAUCCUGAACGCGUUCAAGUGCUUCCUCGAAGUCGGCCAUGGCUGGAACCUCCUCGUGGACCGCCGGUCGACGUCGGCGACGUCGUCCAAGUCGAUGACGUACGGUCUUGCGCUCACGCUGCGCUUGAUUUGGAACCUCGGCUUUUCGUCGAUCGCGCCGGGCCCGACGCGGACGCUCGGCUCGAAGUUUAUCCGCGAAGGCGACUCGUGCUACACGGGCCGGCACAUGGCGCCGCCGCUCUCGUACCGCCUCAAGUAUGGUCUCUUUUGGAUUGUUCUCUGGGUGGCCAAGACGGCCGUGUCGUACUGGGUGCUUAUCUCGCCGCUCAUGCUCGUGUCGCUCGCGAUCUACGAAAUGAAGCUCACGUACAACUCGCCGAUCUCGUCGUUCCACAACAUGGGCAUCAUUGUCGCGCUCUGGGCGCCGGUCGUCUUCAUCUUCAACUACGACACGCAGAUCUACUUCACGAUCUUGCAGGCGCUCAUUGGCUGGGUCAAGGGCGCGAUCAUGAAGGCGGGCGAGAUCCACGGUAUCGAGAACCUCUCGAAGGCCUUCCGCGUUGCGCCGCAGCUGUUCGACCAGAAGGUGGUGACGGUCCUCGCGCGCUCGACGGACGCGGCCGAGAUGGGCGAUCAGGCCUCGCGUGGCAGCGUCAGCGCGGUCUACCAGUCGCAGAUGAUGCUCCGCUUUGUCGUGGUGUGGAACGAAAUCGUCAACUCGUUCCGCGAAGGCGACUUGGUCGAUGACAAGGAGGCGGCCAUCUUGCAGUACGACAUUCAGAACACGGGCGAAGUCUUUGAGCCUGUCUUCCUCUCAGCUGGCAAGCUCGGCGAGGCCAUGACGUAUGCGAUGAAGCUCGGGAAGGGCGGCCGCGGCGACUCGGAGCUCCGCAUCCAGCUCGUCAAGAACGACUGCCUCUCGGCCGUCAAGUCGUUUUUCAACGCGUCGAUGUAUGUCAUGGAGGCGCUCCUCGGCAACGACGACGUCGAGGUGCUCGAGGCCUUCCGCAUGAUGGAGCAGUGCGCUUGCGACGGCGCGUUUCUCCAGUCGUUUGACGUCGGGUCGCUCUUGCACGUGCGCACGAUGGCGAUCGACUUUUUGGAGGCUGUCCUCGACUUGCCCGACCCCGACACGCCGUCGCCGGUGUUGCCGGACACGGCUGUGCACCCUAUGGGCAUCAUCCGCAACUUCGUGGCCAAGACGGAGAACCUCUUCAACGCGCUGCGCCAGUUUUGCCGCAACCAAGCGAUUGGCGGCAAGUUUGCCAACGUCAACUUUGUGCAGCCGGCCAACUCGUACGUGUACGCGUCGCGUGGGCUCGUGAACCUCUUCCACAGCGACACGGCCAUGGGUGCGGCGACGCGCGCGUACCUCCUCAUGUCGCUCGACAAGCCGGACGCGAUGCCCAAGUGCGCCGAGGCCCAGCGCCGCCUCGGUUUCUUUAUGAAGUCGCUCUUGAUGGACAUUCCGCAGCUGCGCGCGAUCCGUGACAUGCGCUCGUUCUCGGUCGUGACGCCGUUUUACAGCGAGGGUGUCAUUUACUCGCUCGACGAGCUCAACAACCCGCUCGAGAACCACCCGAUCUUCAACAAGGGCGAGGAAGUCAAGAAGAACAUUUCGAUCCUCAAGUACCUCAUUACGAUCCACCCGGAAGAGUGGGAGAACUUUUUGGAGCGCAUUGACGUGUCGUCGGUCGAGGCCGCGAUCAAGCAGUUUCCGAUGGAGAUUCGUCUCUGGGCGUCGUACCGCGGCCAAACGCUCUCGCGCACGGUGCAGGGCAUGAUGCUCUACGAAGACGCGAUCAAGAUUCUGCACUGGCUCGAGAUUGGGUCGAGCGCGCACCGCACGCCCGAGCAAAAGCAGCAGCAGCUCGAAGACAUGGUCCGCCUCAAGUUUUCGUACAUUUGCGGCUGCCAAGUCUACGGCAAGCACCGCGCCGAGAACAUGCAGCAGGCCAACGAUAUUGACUUUUUGCUGCAGACGUACCCCAACUUGCGCGUCGCGUACGUCGACACGAUUCCAACGAGCAACGGCAACCGCUUUGACACGGUGCUCAUCAAGGCCGAGCAGGACGAGAUUGUUGAAGUGUACCGCUACGAGCUGCCCGGUGACCCGAUCCUCGGCGAAGGCAAGCCCGAGAACCAGAACAACGCGCUGCAGUUUACGCGCGGCGAGUUCCUCCAGACGAUCGACAUGAACCAGCAGCACUACUUUGAAGAGUGCCUCAAGAUGCCGCAGCUGCUCGUGACGGCCGACAUGCACCCGUCCAAGAAGCCGGUCAGCAUCAUCGGUAUGCGCGAGCACAUCUUUACGGGCAACGCGUCGUCGCUCUCCAAGUUCAAGUCGUGGCAGGAGCUCGUGUUUGUGACGCUCAGCCAGCGCGUGCUCGCCGACCCGCUCUACGUGCGCAUGCACUAUGGCCAUCCCGAUAUCUUCGACAAGGUCAUGUGCCUCACGCGCGGCGGUGUCUCGAAGGCGUCCAAGGGUAUCAACUUGUCGGAAGAUGUCUUUGCCGGUUUCAACACGACGCUGCGCGGCGGUGUCGUCACGCACGUCGAGUUCAUGCAGUGCGGCAAGGGUCGUGAUGUGGCCAUGUCGCAAAUUUCGAUGUUCGAGGGCAAGCUUGCCAACGGGGCCGGCGAGACGUCUCUGGCGCGCGAGGCGUACCGCAUGGGCGCCUUCAUGGACUUCUUCCGGCUCAACUCGAUGUACUACUCGCACACGGGCUUCUACUUUGCGACGUGGAUGACGAUCGUGACGUCGUUUGUGUACAUUUACUCGAAGGUCUACCUCGCGCUCUCGGGCGUGCAGGAGCAGAUUGUCGAGAAGAUGAACUCUACGUUUAUCAUCCGCAACAACUCGAUCUACGGCUUUGACGACCGCGCGUACUACGAUCUCGCCAACGUCAUGAACACGCAGUACUUCAUCCAGGCCGGUCUCUUCCUCACGCUGCCGCUCAUUUGCGUCUACUUUUCCGAAAUGGGUCUCUGGCGCGGCUUCCUCAAGUUUGUCAACAUGGUGCUUACGGGUGGUCCGGCGUUUUUCGUCUUUCAAGUCGGCACGACUAUGCACUACUUUGACUACAACAUUAUCCACGGCAACGCCAAGUACCAAGCGACGGGUCGUGGCUUCAAGAUUACGCGCGAGACGUUUGUGCUGCUCUACAAAGCGUACGCCAACUCGCACUACCGCAAGGCGUGGGAGCUCGUCGGCCUCUGUUUUGUGUACUGGGCGUAUGGCGAGUUUACGCUCGGCAACCGCGACCAAGUGGCCGGCGAUCCGACCAACAUGUUUGCCAACAAGUACAAGGACACGUCCCAAGCGUACGGCACGCAGACGUUUGCGAUCUGGUCGAUUUCGGUGCUCUGGCUGCUCUCGCCCUUCAUCUUCAACGCCGACGGUCUCGACUACGAAAAGUCCAAGGCCGACAUCACCGCGUGGUGCAAGUGGAUGUUUAUGCAAGAGUCGGACACGGACAUUGACAAGGUGCACACGGGCGGCUGGAUCAGCUGGUGGAAGGGCGACCAGCAGCAGAUGCACGGGUCGGCCAUGAUUGCGCGCUUUACAGUCGUCAUUCGCGAGUCGCGCCACUUCUUGCUCAUGUGGUACGUCAUUACGCUCAAGCACGAACCCGCCAAGAUUGCGCUCGUGCUCGCGGCCGUCGGCGCGUCGCUCGUCCUCCUCGGUGUCGCCCACGGUGUCGGCAUGGGCAUGCGCGGUGCGUCGCCCGUGGCGCGCGCGGCCGUCUACUUCUUCCUCGUCGUCGCGCUCUCGACGGCGUACCUGGUGGUUGCGUCGACGGUGCUCUUUGCCAAGGACAAGGACGGCAACGCGGACCCGGAGGCGUGGGAGAAGAGUCUGAGCAUCUUCUUUGGGUACAUUGCGGGCCUGUACGGCAUCAACGAGAUGUUCCGCGUCUUCAACUUCCAGGCCGGCGGCGUUGCGGGGAUUGUCGUCUUUCAGCAGCUCGCGUUCCUCUUCGACUUUGUCUUCGGCGCGUGCCUCCUCAUCCCGCUCAUGAUUCUGAGUUGCAUCCCGUUCAUGAACGCGAUCCAGACGCGUAUGAUGUACAACGAAGGCUUCUCGAAAGUGCUCUCGGCGUCGUCGCAGCACGCGUUCUCGCUGGCGGCGGCCAUUGGUGGCGCGACGGGCUUUUCGUCGGGCUGGCUCUUGUACCUCCUCACGACGCUCGACAUGUCGCCGGGCUACAUUAGCUACCUCUCGACGUACAAGAUUGCGGUCAGCACGGGCUCGGGCUCGACGACCUACAUGGUGAUUGCCGCCAUGGUGGGCGGUUCGGUGCUCGCGGGUGCGUUUGGCUUUUUCCUUGGUCGCCGCAUGACGCUUGUGAUUGCGGGUCUCCUCUCGGGCUGCGGCUGCUUGGCGCUGAGCAUCAUUCCGUCGGUCACGUCGAGCUCGGCCAAGCUCAUGCUCAUGCUCGGUGUCGUGCUCAUGGGCGUCGCGCUCGGCAUCCUCCUCCCGACGGUCACGUGCUACAUUUACGAGAUCUCGACCGCCGACAUGCGUGGCAAGACGAUGCUGCCGCUCGCGUUUACCUUUGUCGUUGGCACGGCGUUCGCGUCGUGGUACUCUGCGGGCGAGAUUGGCUGGGUCUGGCAGGCGUUUUGGUGCGCGGUCAUCCUCGCGAUCAUGACGCCGAUGAUGAACAUGUUUCCCGAGUCGCCGCAGUGGGUUCUUGAGCGCAAGGGCGUCGAAGAGUGCGAAGCCGCUCUCGGCAUUUUGCGUCAAAAGCCCGACAACGCGGACGAGCUCCGCGAGAUGCGCGAAGAGAAGAAGGAGGCGGCGGAAGCGGCGGCGGGAGGCGGCAUGUACAAGUUUGUGGUCGCGUUGUUGCUGACGAUCAUCUUGUCGCUCUCGACCAACUCGCUCAACAUUUUCGUGGGCAAGACGUUCAACGGCUUUGCGGACAACAACCACAUGUUCACCAACUGUGUCGUCAUUGAAGCGUUUGGUGUGCUCAUCAGCUUCUUCCUCAUUGAGAAGACGCCGCACAAGAACUUGCUCUCGUUUACGCUGCUCGCGGUGGCGCUCUUUGCCGGCUUUCUCGGCGCCGACGACAAGUUUGUCAUCAUCAAGCUGGAGAAUGGCAACCGCAAGCUCAUCUUGAGCCUCGUCAUGUCGUUCCUCUACUUUUUCAAGGGUCUCGGCCUUACGUCGGUGCUCUGGGUCAACAUUGCGGGUCUCUUCCACACAAGCGGCCGGUUCCUCGCGGUGCCCUUUCUGUACAUUGUGUUCUUCGGCCUCAACGCGGCGUCGCUCCAGCUGCGCCUCAACAAGCAGACCGAGACGGCGUACCUCUGGCUCUUUGCGCUGGCGGGCUGCUGCCUCCUCGCCGUCUUCUUUGUCAUUGUCGCGGGCUCGCGCGCGUCGAGCGGCCUCAUGUGCACCCGCGACGAGAUGCGCAAGGACAAGAAGCGCACGGAGCGCCGCCGCAGCUCGCGCCACUCGCGCACGCCCGGUAGCUUUGGCCGCGGCCGUCACUCGCGGUCACGCUCCAAGUCGAACGCCAACAGCUACCACCUCGUGCACUCGCCCGCGAACGGCGGCCAGCACGUUUAA